AUGGUGCUGUCCCUCUGCCUGCUCCUCACUGCUGCCCUGUGGGGUGGCCUGAGCCAGGUGCUGGGGACCGUGGCCUGCCCCAGUACUCUGCUCCUGUGGCUGCGGUGGCUGGAGGAGCAGGAGGUGACACUGAACCAUCUCCAGAGCAUUGCCAGGAACUACAACGCCUCCUACAACAUUGACGGACUCUUCCAGGUGCUGGUGGAGCAGGUGGAGGCAGCUGCCACUGCCUGGGCUGCCCUGGGUGCUGAGAUGGCCCACCUGGCCACCACUGACUGGUGGCUGCACCGCAGGCUGAAGAGGCUGGACAGGAUGGUGGGUGACUUGAGCCUGCUGCACCACCUGCUCACCCACCCACCAGGUGCACCAGUGGAAGCUGGCACCAAGCCACACAGUAUGCUGGACGCUGCCUGCAGCAGGGGCAGCCAGCUGGAGUGGGAGCCACAGGGCCAGGUGGCCCCCAGCACCCCCAGCCCUCAGCAGCUGAAGGAGCAGCCACUGGCCACCCAGCAGCCAGGAGAGGGUAGGUACAGGCCCCCUGCCCUGGGACCCACCUCCCCAGCCUGCUGCACCAGUGCCAUCCUGCUCUUCCCCAACACCUCUGCCGAGCGCAUGGCCAUCCUAGGGCUGGGGCUGUGCCAGGGGCUGCAGGUGCUGUCGCUCUGCGCCUGGCUGGCCACCCCAGCUCCCCACCUUGGAACCCUCCUCUCCUACACCACCGAGGAUGGCAGCAGCAAGCUGGUCAUGCAUGGCCAUGGGGUUCUCCCUGGCUCUGCGCACGUUGUCAUUGGCAACAGGGAGUUUCGGGAGCUCCCAGUGACCCCGCUCCUGGAUGGCAAGUGGCACCACCUCUGCCUCACCUGGUCCUCUGGCCAGGGCCAGUACUACUUCUAUGUGGAUAGGCGGCUGCUGGCCACUGGAUUUGGCUUCCAGCAGGGCUGUGAAAUUCCUGCUGGUGGCUUGCUGGUGCUAGGCCAGGAGCAGGAACACCCCGGUGGGGGCUUUGGCACCACAGAAGCCUUCGUGAGUCACCUGGCUGGCUUGGCCCUGGGCUGCCCCCGACCCUCUCUUCACAGUAGCUGAUACCUCACUGCAGGGCGGGGUGCAGAGGGUGGCGU